AUGGAUCGACGUGCGCGGUGCCUGGCCGCAGCAGCGGGAGCUUUGCUGCUUCGUGCAGCUUUGGAGGCUCCUUCUUUCGUGGCCCCGGCAUGGCGUCGUCGGCCUCUGAUGGCAGCGCUGGCAGCAGGCCUUUCUCUGCCAGCGGCGGCCGAGGAGCGGUUGCCGAAGGGCGAACGAGCACUCGAGGAUGGACCACCUGCGGAUGACUGGCAGGCCCUCGGAAGCCGCGGGCUGAAGUUCAUCGAGCUGCGCACAGGCAAAGGCGCGGAAGCCAAUGAGGGGUCGACGGUGCGAGUUCAAUGGUCCGGCCGCUUGUUCAGCAAGCAGGGCUGGAGCUAUGGCCGCUGCAACGAUCCAGACUGCGAGCUCCGGUUUAAGGUGGGCGAUGGAUCCACCAUCGCGGGACUGGACGAAGGGAUCCGAGGCAUGCGCGAGGGAGGCUAUCGACGCUUCAUGAUUCCACCGCCCAUCGCAUACCAAGAAGGGCAGGAGUUGCAGCCUCUUCCCAAUCGGGACGACAUGAAGAGGAGGCUCUACAGCACCGUCUUCAACAAGGUCCGCAUCGCAAAUGGUGAGGGCUCUACGCUCGGCACCAUCAUCCUGGACGUUGUUCUCAAGCGCGUGGUGGUGUGA